AUGUCGUCGAGUAAAUCCUGGUUCGCCAGCGUCUCCUCCAGCAAAGGCCGACUGCUUUCCAAUUCCAGCCAUGAACUCCCUCGCUGGCGGACUCCCUCUCCCAUGGCAGCGUCGAUGAUCCCACCACCUAUCGUCCAAAGCAUGCACCAAUCGACUGCAAACCCUGCGACCGAAUCAGUCAUUAUCGAGAAACUUUCACCGUUCGAAGAUCGACAGCAUGAGUUGGAGGCCGACCUACAAUUCCUUCUCGAUGCGCAAGUCGAAGGACUGACUCGCGGGUUGGAUGGUGGAUCUUUGGACGAUCGCAGCUCUACGGGCAGUACAACACCGACUGUGCAGAGUAUGAGAAGCGAGUCGGCGAGGCGACAGCGUAAGCCGAUACGAAGACAGCCGGGACUGAGAAGCGCGCGAAAGGGCAUAUACAAUAGCAUUAUCGCAUUGUCGGCGCUCAAAGAUGACGAGCUACGAGAUAUUGAUGAUCAGAUUGAAGAGCACGAAGGCACUUUGGAGCAGAUCGAGUCUUGGGAGCAGAAACGUAAUGGGUUGAAAGAAGCUUCGGCGAAAGUCGAUUCGAGUGAGCAGACCGUUCGCAUACAGCGACUGAGGCAGGAGGCGGAUGGCUUGCAGGCCGAUAUCAACCAGGUGGAGCUGCAACUCAUGGAGAUGAAGUCACGGCAUCGCAAGAUAUUGGGACAAGCUGCAGAUGCGGAGAAUUCAAUCCAAGCCAAGUUGGCUUCCUACACCAACAGCCUCCGACUGCUGGAAGAAGACGUACAGAAGUUCCUGAGCGUAAAGCCAACCGGGACUGAUGCUCGUCCAUCUUCACAAGACGGAAAGCAGUCCAUGUGGGAGCUUCCAAGCAAACGAAGGAAUCUAGACAUGGCCAAGGAGUACUGGAACCAGCAGCGAGAGAUGAGCGCCAAUGAGCGACAGCAACACGAGCAGGAGAAAAUGGCUUACGUCGAAGGUGCCGCUAUGUGGAAGGAAGCAGUCACAGAGGUCAAUGGCUUUGAGAGACAGCUUCGCACGGAAAUGGCGGCUCUACGACCUUCGUCUCCGAACUCGCAAUCGGCAUGGGAGGAUCAGGCGGAUCCUGAGGAAGGCUCAUCAGAUGGGUUGAAAGGCUUACUGAACCAGAUUGAUGUGGUGAUCGGUUCACUGGAGAAGAAGCACGAGACUGCCGAAGAGCGUGGUUGGAAGCUGUUGAUAGCAGCAAUUGGAGCUGAGCUGGAUGCCUUGAAGAGGGGAAAACAGAUCUUGUCGAAUGUCUUGGGAGUCACUGCUGAGGCUGACCAGGCUGAGACAAAUGGCCAAGACUUGACUGCUCGACCUAUUGGUUCAGCUCCAUCUGUUCAAGAGGACGAGCAUGAUGGACCGGAUGAAGAUUUGCUGUUCUCAAAGCACACCGAUACAGACACUGAUUAG